AAGACAUUUCAUCAAUCAUCAUCCUCUAGUUUUUGUUCAAGUUUCAUAAAUUCCCUAUCUCCCGCCGGCCAAGUCGAAAGCUUUACUUUGAAAAGAAAGCUCUCUGUUAAUUUUCUUGUUUUCCUCAGUCAUUGAUAAUGGCGAUUCGAACCAAAACCAUCAAGCACCCGUCCUUCAUUGCUUUAAACCCAUCUUUCUUCUCCAAUCUGCUCACCAGUUUCCCCUUCCAUUCGCUGCAAUUCACUCCCAAGAAGCUCUCAGCGACUAAUUCAUCUUCAAGAAGAUCCCACUACCUCUCCAUGAUCUUCGUCUUCUUCCUGAUCUCCUCCACUUUCUUUUCCAUUUGCUUCCUCACUUUCGCUACCCUAUGGCGUAACUCCCUCCCCUGCUCUGCCAUUCCUUCUUACGCUACUGUUCUGUUCCCCGAUCAGAGCCACCUGUCCAUGUCCGCGGACGCAAUGGAUCCACUCCCUCCUAAACGGGUGGUGGCCGGAAACAUCUCCGACGAGGAGAGGGAGUUCUGGCGCCAGCCAGAUGAUGAAGGGUUUCGUCCCUGCCUGCAUUUCAGCCCCCAGUACCGGAAAGCGUCGGCGGCGAUUUCAAAUGAGAAGAGGAGGUUCUUGGUGGUGGUGGUUUCCGGCGGACUGAACCAGCAGCGGAAUGAAAUCGUGGAUGCGGUUGUCAUCGCCCGGAUUCUUGAAGCCGCCCUGGUCGUCCCUGUUCUUCAAGUCAACCGCAUCUGGAGGGACGAAAGUGAAUUCUCAGAGAUUUUUGACGUGGAACAUUUCAAGAACGUCUUGAAAUCUGACGUCCGAGUUGUUUCUUCAUUGCCAUCCUCACAUUUGGUUUCCAGGCAAAGGGUUGAAACUCGGAUUCCAUUUCAUGUUUCUCCUCUCUGGUUACGCGCCAAAUUCUUCAAACAGCUGAAUGAAGAAGGACUGCUAAUACUGAAAGGCCUAGAUUCGAGGCUCUCGAAGAAUCUUCCGCCGGAUCUCCAGAAGCUUCGCUGCAAGGUUGCAUUCCACGCGCUGAGAUUCGCCGCCCCGAUUCACGACCUCAGCCACCGGUUCGCGAGGAGGAUGUGGAUAGAAGGGCCGUACAUCGCCGUCCACCUCCGGCUGGAAAAGGACGUGUGGAUGAGGAGCGGCUGCGCCACCGGCUUGGGCGAACAGCUCGACGGAAUCAUCCGCAGAGAACGGGAAUCCCACCCGGAUCUCCAGACGAGAAAGAUGAAAAACGUCACAAACGCCGUCAGGAGAGCCGCCGGGAUGUGUCCGUUGAACGCCGGGGAGAUUGCGAGGCUGCUCAAGGCGUUGGGUGCGCCGCGGGACGCGAGGGUUUACGUCGCCGGCGGAGAGCCGUUUGGUGGGCCCCGGGCGCUGGAUGGGUUGAGGGAAGAGUUCCCGAACCUGAUGAGUAAGCACGGGUUGGCUCGGGAAGGAGAGCUGGCGCCUUACGUGGACAAAGCUUCGGUUUUUGCUGCUAUUGACUACGUCGUUUCACUUAGCAGUGACGUUCUGGUCACUUCCCAUGGCGGGAACAUGGGCCGAGCUCUUGAGGGACAUCGGGCAUACAUAGGACAUAGAAAGUAUAUAAAGCCGAACAAGAGAAUGAUGUUCCCAGUCCUGGAUGAUCCCUUCAUCUCAGAAGAAGAGUUCAGUCAUGUCAUGAAGAAACUGCACAAGAAAUGUCAAGGGCAGCCAGAGCAGAGAACUAAUAAGGUGGAUCGGGACGUGCUGGCUUAUCCUGUGCCGGAGUGUAUGUGUAAAGAUAUGUAAAUGAAAUAAAUAUCUCUAAACUACAGAGUAAAAAAUUAGUGGUUUUCUUCAGGCAUGAAAAUUU